CUUUACGCGCGGAACGCGUCGAGCUUCAGUUCACUUUUCGCGACUACGCUCGUUCACUCUACCAAGCCCUCAUCAUGUCAGACUACGAGGAUGAAAUGGACGUGGAUGCGCCCUCCAAGGUGCAAUUCACUUCCGACAAUGCCAGUGGGAAGAAGCGAACGGCGGCCGACCUUCCCAUCGCAGCCCUGGACAACUUGCCAUGGGUCGAGAAAUACCGCCCGAGCAGCCUGGAUGAUGUCUCCGGUCACCAAGAUAUCCUCGCGACCAUCAACCGGUUUAUUGAAGCAAAUCGCUUGCCGCACCUCCUUCUUUAUGGACCUCCCGGUACCGGAAAGACUUCGACUGUUCUCGCGCUCGCCCGGCGGAUAUAUGGCGAGAAAAACAUGCGGCAGAUGGUGUUGGAGCUGAACGCCAGUGACGACCGUGGCAUCGACGUUGUCCGAGAACAGAUUAAGACUUUUGCCAGCACGAAGCAGAUCUUUUCUAUGGCACCCCAGUCCGGCAAUUCAGGGAUUGCUGGUUUUAAGUUGAUCAUUCUUGAUGAGGCAGACGCCAUGACAGCCACCGCUCAGAUGGCUUUACGCCGCAUUAUGGAGCGCUACACGGCCAACACUCGGUUCUGCAUCAUCGCUAACUACACACACAAGCUCUCGCCAGCGCUCCUGUCGCGAUGCACGCGAUUCCGGUUCAGCCCACUCAAGGAGGCUGAUAUCCGCAGUCUCGUUGACCAGGUCAUUGAGAAGGAACAAGUCCGUAUCCAACCCGAGGCGGUGGAUAGUCUGGUAGCUCUGAGCAAGGGUGACAUGCGACGGGCCCUGAACGUGCUUCAAGCCUGUCAUGCAAGCAGCAUCCCAUUACCGAUGCGCGAUGCACCGAAUGCUCCUCGGCCCGAACCCGAAACGAUCACCAAUGCCACAAUCUAUGACUGCAUUGCGGCCCCGCACCCGUCUGAUAUCCAAGAGAUCAUGAGCACCAUCCUGUCAACCAGCGACGUCACAUCCUGCCUCAACACAAUCAACACGCUCAAGGCAAACAAGGGUCUGGCACUGGCCGACAUUCUCUCGGCCCUGGCCGAUCAACUACAACGGCUUGAAGUCCCGGCCGCGACGCGCAUCACCUGGCUGGAAGGACUAGCUGAGAUCGAGUGGCGCCUAUCCGGUGGAGGGUCAGAGGCGGUCCAGACCGGAGGCAUGGUUGGGGUGGUGCGGAAUGGAUGUGAGCUGAUGGGGGACAAGGGUGUCCCAUUGGCAUGA